GAGAGGGAUGUAACUUGAAGGGAUCUUGCAGGCUGCAGACCAUCUGGCGCUUUGAUAAACUAUAUAAAGAGUGGAUUUUCUAUCAGUGACUGUCUCCGUUCUCCUUCUCCAAUCAUCACCUCAGCAAAGAUGGCAUCAGGCUUUCCGUUUGCUUUGUUGCUCUGUUUGUCCAUCGGACUGUUGGCUCCAUCUUGUCGUGGACAAACCUCUGGCCCAGGUUCCUGCCCUCCUGGUUGGACUCAGUUAGGCUCUCGCUGUUUCAUUUUCAACUUCCAGGGAAAGAAUUGGAUCGAUGCAGAGAUAUUUUGCUUGUCCCUCGGUGGGAAUCUGGCUUCGGUCCACUCAGAGAAGGAACAUUCCUUCCUCAGAGACUUCAUUAGGAGAGUGACUGGUGCAAACAAAACUUCCUGGAUCGGAGGCUUUGACUCAGCGAAGGAGGGCGUGUGGCAGUGGACUGAUGGAUCCAAAUUUGACUACAAACCGUGGGGUGCAGGGGAGCCUAACAAUAGAGGUGGAGCUGAGCACUGUCUUGAGAUGAACUUUAAAGAAAAGGUCUGGAACGAUGAGCAGCGUGAAAAAAUACUUCCUUUCGUGUGCUCCAAGGACCUGUGAGGCCUCCCGCCAUCAUGAUCUCACUACAGCUCAUCUAUAAUCUCUUUCAUUGAUUCACUUUCAGUUUGUUCUGCAGACAGAAACAGCUCUCUGCUGACAGACUCACUUUCACUUGUUUAUUAUCCGAAGAGUUAGGAAACGGUUCACAUUUGAGUUUUAACAUUAGAAGGAAACUGUCUCUCUGAGAUGGACAAAAACAUAAUCAGUUAUUGGACUUUUAAUCUAGUAAAAAACACAAAAUGAAAUACAGAAAACAUCUGAAUACUCUGACAUCUUUUCCAUUUUAGUUUACAGAAUAUUGUCUGUCAGCUCUGUCCAAAGGUAACAACAUCCACCUACUAGACAUGAGUGGUGACGAUCUUCUCUUCAAAAUUUUCCAAAUAGAAAAUCCAAAUGUUGUCUGAACGUUCUGUGAUACAAGAGGAGUUUCUGGUGUGUUGGGUUCUUUAUUCAUCUGUUUUCCUUCACUUUAUAAUCAAUAAGCAUUACAAAAUAAAAGCGAUAAUGUCACAAACAGUG